CAAACUUCCAGACUCCCCAGCAGCCUCGCCAUGGAUCUGGGAUAGAGCGCGCGCGCAUGCCGAUGGAGUCGGACACACGAGAAGUGAGGAACUCUCCAUGCUUUACCCGAAGCGCGAGAAGGGGCUCUGUGGCUUCAGAGCCGUGGCCUGCGCUUGUGUUCUUGCGUUCGGGGCUUGCUAUGUCGUUUUUGUUAUCAACUUCCAGCCGGACCUCUUCACAGCUGUGGAGCAGAGGCCAGACGAAUUGCCGGCCCCGUUCCAGGUCGGCGACUCAACAAGCGAGCAGCCAGUGAUGCGAGUGCCAGCCCAGCUUUGGGAUGCCAAGAUGUCCUACGAGCCAAAGUCGCUCGCCCCGAAGCUGAUGCCGAAGCGAGAGGCACUGAUCAGCUGGCUCCGCUCGGCUGCCACCAUCCAGGAAGUCGAGACGCUGUCCGCUCUUCGGAGCUGGGUGGCGAGCACUCCUCCAGACCAGAAGGCGCUGACGUUGCAGAGGAUGGGCAGCAGCAGCGGCUGGCACAAAUGUGCCACGGAGCAUGAGCUCUGCGUCUGCAACACGCAGCAAAUCCGCAUGGGAGCGGGUGAGUCCUGGCUUUCGUGGAAGUUUCCAGAAUUCCUGACGCCCACGGAGCAGUGGGCUGUGAACUGUGAGGUGGCCCACUUCGGGGACACAGACCCUGCCCCUGGCGUGCUGAAGCAGUGCCAGUGCUACGGCGUCAGCUCGCCCAUGGAAGGUGCAGUUGGGUCCCUGUCAGGAUUGGCCGGCAACCAGUACUGCGGCGACGCGUGCUCUCAGGGCAAGUCCAGGAUCUACAAUGGGUCUCCACGGUCCAGGUCGGAGCUGUGCCGGCGGCCUUACACCCACGAGCUGCUGUGGUCCUGCAAGCGGCUCCUCAGCCGAGUGCCCUCAGGCCCCCAUCAAGCGCAGGCUGUGCUGGAUGCUGCCACUUCAGAGUUCUGCCGGGACUCGCGCUUGCAGAAGUUCCUGGAUGUCUACCUGGACUGCGACUACGCGGAGAGCUACCUGCGCUGGGCGGAGGAUUCGGAGUGGCUGGAGGAGGCCUUUGUGACGUACAUCGGCGGCGAGAUCAACUCCAAAUACGAGUGGAUGGCCACAAACCUCAUCAGAUCUGUGGCGCUUUUUUCCUCUCGGCCGAUCAUUGUCGUGGUCACCGACAUGGCCUUCCGGCCGCCCACCUCAUGGAUCGGCUCCAACGUCAUCGUCUACAAGAUGUACCCUGGCUUGAGCUACCCGGUGUCCUUCAAUUUCAACAAGAUUCGUGCGAUGAUUGCGGCUCGCACCAAAGUGGGCAUCCAGCUGGAUGUGGACCAACUGGUGGCACCGGGCGUGGACGCCAUCUUCCCUGCCACCAGGCUUCAAAGCACCCCGAGCUACCCUUUUCCCGUGAUGCCCGUCCACUGGAUGUCGAGGGAUGCCAAGCCGGGCGAGAUGUUUUACGAGUACCGCCUGCAGAUGUGGGACCACCCGCACGGCAUGAGGUGGUGCCACGCACAUCCCACCUGGACCUUCUGGGCGUUGCUCUUCCUGGGGGACCUGCUGCUGAAGCGUUACGUGGUCGCCUUGGCUCGGCCUAACUCCGUGGCUUCAGCCCGUCUCUGGGCCUUGUCUAACUUGGUGCAGCUCAAUGUGCCGGACUUGCUGCAAGCCGGCGGCAAGGCACGGAGGCUGAGAUCCUUUUCCUUCGAGGCUUGGAUGAUGGAGGACGAAGACAUGCUGAACGUGGAGCUCUGGAUGGCGAAUGCCAGCAAGGCCUGGUGCAAGUUCGACCUAGAGCCGGACACCUUUCUCUCCAGGUUCUGGCUGGCCAAGAAGCUCUAUGCCGAUCCCAGGUGGUACCCUGACGGCGUGCCCCUCAUGUUCUUCUCGGUGCAUAACACGAAGCGCUUCGACCGGACGGACAAGCUUCUGACCAUCCUCUCCCGCUGCUCAGACCCCAGCUUCGUGCUGAACCGUAGCCGCUGUUCCACGAACCUGCAGAACCUUCCAAACUCCUGCCAGAUGGAGAGUAUCAAAGAAGAGGAGAUUCGGUUGCAGCACCCGGAAGAGUACGCAGAAGACAUCUGCUGCUGCCUGCAGCCACGCCAAGAUCGCCAUAUCUACUGGGCCGGGUUUUGGUAUGGGAAGAAGGAGGAGCACUGCGGCUGGCUUUGUUCGAGAGCGCGCGGUAUCUACAUCAUCCCCGCACGCUUAUGCAUGAAUGGCUGAAGCAGCAAGGUGCCCACGCGAUCACCGCAAAGUCAAUCGGUGCGGAGAUGCAUCCUGAUUUGAGAGCCAGGCGAUGCCAACGUGGGAACAGUAGGCUCAAAGCCGCAUUCGGAAGCGCCGGAAAAUGAGGGGCGGGGUUGGC